UCUACAUCAGAAUCUCGCAUCAACAAUCUCUUCCCAAUAUGGCAACCCCUCUCCUCUCCUUCCUCUUCUUCACCACCCUCCUCUUCUCCGCCCACUCCGAGCUCUGCAACCCUAAAGACAAGAAAGUCUUGCUCAAAAUCAAGGCCGCCUUCAAUAACCCCUAUGUCCUUACCUCUUGGGAUCCAGACACAGACUGCUGCGUCGACUGGUAUAUCGUCACAUGCGACCCCACCUCCAACCGUAUCAACUCCCUCUCCGUCGUCACCGGUUCACUCUCCGGCCAAAUCCCUGCCGCGGUGGGUGACCUCCCUUUCCUCGAAACUCUCGAUCUCCACAAACAACCCAACCUCACCGGCCCCAUCCCACCCGCCAUUGCCAAGCUCCAACGCCUCACCUUUCUCAGGCUCAACUGGAACAACCUCUCCGGCCCAGUUCCUGACUUCCUCAGCAAGCUCAAGAACCUCACCUUCCUCGACCUCUCCUUCAACAACCUCUCCGGUCCUAUCCCACCCUCACUUUCCCUGCUACCAAACCUCAAUGCGCUUCACUUGGACCGUAACAAGCUCACCGGAAGGAUCCCCUACUCUUUCGGUACGUUUAGCAAGGUACCAGACUUGUACCUCUCUCACAACAAACUAUCUGGUCCAGUCCCAACCUCGUUCGCUAACAUGGACUUCAACGUCAUAGACCUGUCGCGUAACAUGCUCGAAGGAGACGCGUCCGUGGUUUUCGGCUCGAACAAGACCACACAGAUCGUGGACCUGUCGAGGAAUUUGUUCAAGUUCAAUCUGUCCAAGGUGAAGUUCCCCAAGAGCUUGACUUCGUUGGAUCUUAACCACAACAACAUCAACGGGGGCAUUCCGGUGGAGAUGACGGCACUGAAUCUGCAGUUCUUGAAUGUGAGUUAUAACAGGCUGUGUGGUCAGAUUCCAGUGGGUGGUAAGUUGCAGAGCUUCGACUACUCCUCGUAUUUUCACAACAGGUGUUUGUGCGGGGCGCCGCUUCCCAGCUGCAAGUGAUCGAUCAUGAAGGUGGCCGAAGGACUCCCCAGGAAACUGAAGCGGAUUCCAGUACAAAUAUGGAUUCAUUGGAUUAGUACUCCUAAACCGUUCCCGGGCGUUUGAUCCUGUUAAGAUAUAAAAUAAAACCUCUUCCCAUCUGCUUAAUUUUGAGAAAGUAUUGAUU